UCCCGCCCUGGGCGCGGGGAACAGGCACAGCCUAGCGUUGACAGGCGGGCUGGCCCGGCGCGGCUCCUCCUCGCUGCGGGCGGGACUGCCAGGCGUACCGCCCCGACCCGGCCUCGCAAGUCCCGACCGUGGGCAGAGCGAGAGCCGCGGGGCGGGAGGAGCUUGUUCCACGAUCUCGGGGCCAAUCGCGCGGUACCGGGGGAGGAGCCCCAGAGGGGGAAAAAGAAAGUGCGGCGGAAAGUAAGAGGCUCUUUGGGGCAGGCUGCAGGGAUCGGGAUCCCUGGGGCUCCGCGUGGGCCAGGGCGCGGAAAGAGGCAGUGCCCCGCGACCCUGCACCGGUCCCGCAGCCGUCGCCCAAUCCACCUGGCUGGCCCGGGAAGCAGGAAUCCAGAUGUUUCUGUGGUAGAGGCACACCUGACUGGCAUGGCUGCAGAGACCUCUGCCAGGACAAUUAUGCACAACUGCACAAUUACGGAGGACCAGGACCAAGCUCUGCCUACUAACAUUCAUUAUAGGAUGGGACUUCUCUGGUGUGUGAUGAGUCUGUACUUCUAUGGGAUUCUGCAGAGUCAUGCUUCAGAACGCUGUGAUGACUGGGGACUGGAUACCAUGAGACAAAUCCAAGUAUUUGAAGAUGAACCAGCUCGCAUCAAGUGCCCGCUCUUUGAACACUUCCUGAAGUACAACUACAGCACUGCCCAUUCAUCUGGUCUUACCCUGAUCUGGUACUGGACAAGGCAAGACCGGGACCUGGAGGAGCCCAUUAACUUCCGCCUCCCAGAAAACCGCAUCAGUAAAGAGAAAGACGUGCUGUGGUUCCGGCCCACCCUCCUCAAUGACACAGGCAACUACACCUGCAUGUUGAGGAAUACUACGUAUUGCAGCAAAGUUGCAUUUCCCCUUGAAGUUGUUCAAAAAGAUAGCUGUUUCAAGUCCCCCAUGAAACUGGCAGUGCAUAAACUAUAUAUAGAAGAUGGAAUUCAUAGAAUCACUUGUCCAAAUGUAGAUGGAUAUUUUCCUUCCAGUGUCAAACCAACCGUCACCUGGUAUAAGGAUUGUACUGAAAUACUGGAUUUUCAUAAUGUACUACCUGAGGGCAUGAGCUUGAGCUUUUUCAUUCCUUUGGUUUCAAAUAAUGGAAAUUACACAUGUGUUGUUUCAUAUCCAGAAAACGGACGCCUCUUUCACCUCACCAGGACUGUGAGCGUGAAGGUGGUAGGCUCUCCAAAAGACGCCUUACCUCCCCAGAUCUAUUCACCAAAUGACCGUGUUGUCUAUGAGAAAGAGCCAGGAGAGGAGCUACUCAUUCCCUGUAAAGUAUAUUUCACUUUCAUUAUGGACUCCCACAAUGAGAUUUGGUGGACCGUUGAUGGAAAAAAGCCUGAGGAUGUCACUAUUGACAUAGCUGUUAAUGAAAGUUUGUUUCUUCUCCCUGUGUCUAGUGUAAGUUAUUCUAAAACAGAAGAUGAAACAAGGAUUCAGAUUUUGAGCAUCAAGAAAGUCAGUUCUGAGGAUCUCAGGCGCAGCUACAUCUGUCACGCUCGAAAUGCCAAAGGGGAAGCUGAGCGAGCAGCCAAGGUGAAACAGAAAGUCAUACCUCCAAGAUACACAGUGGAACUGGCGUGUGGUUUUGGAGCCACCGUCUUUCUAGUCGUGAUUCUCAUUGUGGUUUACCAUGUGUACUGGCUGGAGAUGGUCCUCUUUUACCGGGCUCAUUUUGGAACAGAUGAAACAAUUCUUGAUGGAAAGGAGUAUGACAUUUAUGUUUCCUAUGCAAGAAAUGCCGAAGAAGAGGAGUUUGUGCUACUGACACUCCGUGGAGUUUUGGAGAAUGAAUUUGGAUACAAGCUGUGCAUCUUUGACCGAGACAGUCUGCCUGGGGGAAUUGUCACAGAUGAGACCUUGAGCUUCAUUCAGAAAAGCAGACGCCUCCUGGUUGUCCUAAGCCCCAACUACGUGCUCCAGGGAACACAAGCCCUCCUGGAGCUAAAGGCUGGCCUAGAAAAUAUGGCCUCUCGGGGCAACAUCAACGUCAUUUUAGUACAGUACAAAGCUGUGAAGGACACGAAGGUGAAAGAACUGAAGAGGGCUAAGACGGUGCUCACGGUCAUUAAAUGGAAAGGGGAGAAAUCCAAGUACCCACAGGGCAGGUUCUGGAAGCAGCUGCAGGUGGCCAUGCCAGUGAAGAAAAGUCCCAGGUGGUCUAGCAGUGACAAGCAGGGUCUCUCCUAUUCCUCACUGAAAAACAUUUGAAAGGGAAACCUAAGGGAGAACACACAGAGGGUGCUCUUGGGAUAGAGCCCCCUUCUUCACUCCCAGCCUGUGGCUGCACUGACAAAAAGAAGUCCGUCUAGGCCUUCUAGAUGCAGGGCUAUAUCCCAGCUACUGUAUGCAUGCCAGUCCUGCUUCUCAGGCAGUACUAAGGGCUUGAGUGAUGCUGUCAACAGUCUGUCACCAGUUCCAAUGUCAUUAUGGUCUUUACAAGUAAAGAUAUGUAUGAUGUAUUCUCCAUCCUCGUUCUUCCCUCUAUCUCAAUCUGCUUGUAAAAUCUCAACAUUAUGGAGUAGCUUUGCCCAUAGACCUAAGAGCCAACUUAAGAUAUGCUCCCUGAUGACAAUAUUAUUUCUCGGUAGAGUUUUCCUUUUAUUUUAUUUUCAGCCAUUCAUUAAACAGAUAAUCAGGGCCUAAACUUGUUCUAGCUGAGGACAAUUCACUCCUUUGCUUGUUUGUUGACUCCUCCACCUCAGCAAGACUAGCAGUCAAACCUCAGCUCUUCCUCAUGACUGAUUUAAAGGGCAUGCUGUGUUCCUCUUACUAAAAAACAUUUGCCCUCAUCUCAGGUAAUAGAUAUUACAUUUAUAAACUUGAAAAAGGCAUCAUUUUUAUCACAGUAACUUCCUGACUGUCUACACAUAGAUCCAUCUUAUCCCACCCUCUCCCUAUCUACUUUUAUCUUUUAGACUUUUCAGGUGGCUCCUCACUUGGUUCAGUCUGAGAUGAAGCUUCUAAUGGUGCUAAUGGAGAGAGAAAACAGCAGAGUGCUUUUAGGGCAUAAUGACAUGCUAGAAGAGCACAGAAUUAGAUGCUUGCAUGCAAUUUGUCUUUUAAUCCCACUUUUGCUAAUGUGACUAUACUUCACUGGUUCACACCUCUUCAUUAUGAAGUGGAAUUUGGCAGUAGUAAUUUUAGGAACUGCUUUUAGCAUUAUUACUCUAAAAGAAUUAAUAUUUCCCAUAAUUAAUUCAUGAAUAUGUGUAACACUUUAUUUAAAAUGAAUUACCCUAAAGGUCGCUGCAGGUGAAACUGGGUUUUGAUAGUUUUAAGCAAAAUUUUACUGCUCAUCAUUACAAAAGUGAAAACUAAGUACAUUUAUGUUUAGUGUGGCCAGUAUCAGUACUACAUCUAGUGUAUAUAUGUAUAUGUAUAUGUAUAUGUGUAUAUAUGUACACAUGUCCAUAAUCUCCAAAUAUAUGUGUGCAUAUAUAUGUACCACAAAUUAAAUAUAUGUGUGUAUGUAUAUCCAUGUGGCCAUAAACUAUGUGUUUUUAUUUGGGGCUAUACAUAUACACACAUUGACAUAUUUAAAUAGCCAUUUGUAUAGUAUUACAAACUAGUAGAAUUCUUGUCCAGUUUUAAAACUAUGAUUAUAGUAUAAUGGUUUUGUGUUGGUGUUUUCAUCCCAUUAGUGUUUGACUUGUGAAUUCACAGCUGAGUCACAGUUGUCAUAGUUCUUGCCCUCCUACCCUGAAUUAUAAUACAUAUCGUAUUGUUCCUAGAGUUUAUCUGGGCUGCAUUGGAAUCUCUUCUGUACAGAAUUUACAUAUUCACUGUUCAACAGUAGUCAGUCAUCUGCUGUUAACAGUUUAGAGACUAAACUGUUCAUUUCAGUGCUCAGCUCUGUGGACACUGUUGAAUGAUAGGGGAAAUAAUUACAGCUAAAAAUAAGUCUAAGCAUCCUACAAAACAUAACUCAUAAUUUAAGGAAGUCUUUAUCCACGAAGUAUGAAUUUUAACAAGCAAUUCUAAAACUGCCUCCUACAUUUAAGUGUCCAUAAGUAUUGAAGUCUAUAAUAAAUCAUUUCUCUGUGUAAGAGCUAUUGAUUAUUUUAAAUUUAAAAGGGGUUCCCCCAUGAAUUCUUGACUACAAAACUGUGGAGUCACUAUUGGAUCAAACAUUUUUAAAUGCAAUAAUUUUUUUUGUUGUUAUUUCAAAUAAGCUAUCAUUUCCAGUUCUAAUCCUUUAAUCACUGUGCCAGAGGAAAGCUGACUGCAGUUAAGCUUCAAAUAUCCAUCCUGACUGAUCUUUAGGGAAGUUGUGGCCAGGAUUCUCACCUGAGAGCCAGCCGUUCCCUUCCUAUACUGCAUUCCUUUUGCACUGUUGUAUUCUAUAUGUUUUCCUCCCAACUGCUGUCAUAUGCCCUUAGAAACGUCUUGAUUUUUUUCCUAUUUAUAUUCCCCUUUUACACUUAGCUUAACCCAGUGCUAUAAUAUAAAGCGUAUCAAAUCCAUGUAAUAUUUCAUUGUAAGAGAACUUAAAGAUUCUUGUUUGUGUUCUAGAAGAUGCCCAGUACAGGACAUCUGAGGGCAAAGGAAUCACAUACUUAAAUUUUGGAAAACCAGAAAAAAUCAUGACUCUUAGGAAGAAAUAUUCAUUGAUUUUAGAUUUAUGAUAAAAGGAACUUCUUAACCCAGGUUAACAAAGAAACAUGCUAUAUAGAGUGUCUACUUAUACAGUUCAUGAAAUUUAUUUUGUUUGCUUUUGUAUGGUAUCUUACAUGAUUCCCUGGGACUCUAAUAAAAAGUAGGAGUAUUAUGUAUUGGCAAACAAAAACAUCACUCCACUUGUUAAUUGUCCAUUUUAUUUCCAUAGGAUAUACUACUUUAAGACUAUCUUUUUAUUUUAUUCAUGAACACUUGUAUUUUCCAUUUUUUGUUUGAUUUGUAUAUUUACAUAUUUUUACAAUAAACCAUUUAUUUUCA